AUGGUCAAGAUGGAUGUAUACGGCCGAGGGCUGAGCCUUCGUCUGGCUAUCAUGUUCACUUGCCAAAUAGCUUUCGUCCUGUUCGGGUACAACCAGGGCGUGUUUGCGGGCAUCAUUGGGAAUGGAGACUUUCUCCGCGUCGUCGAUGACCCCAGCUCUGCCGUUCUGGGGAUGAUCGUAGGCAUAUACAACCUUGGUUGCUUGACCGGAACGGUUGUGGCCUUUUUAACGAGUGAAAACCUCGGGUUUCGAAAGUCGAUAUGGCUUGCCAUGGCUUUACUGACGGCUGGGGCGAUCCCACAAACCUGCUCGUUUUCAAGGACCCAAAUGCUGGUGUCGCGAUAUAUCGGCGGCAUUGGCACGGGCAUCAUGACCUCCACAGUGCCCGUGUACCAAUCUGAGCUAUGCGAGGCUCGGAACCGAGGAAUGUAUGUGUGCAGCCAGCCUCUGGCCGUGGGGGUUGGCAUUGUGAUAGCCUAUUGGCUUGACUAUGGAAUGAGCUUUGCCGCGGGAUCGAUCGACUGGAGACUCCCCAUUGCCUGCCAGAUGAUUUUGAUUGUCAUUGUGGCCAUUCUUGUGCUUGGACUGCCAGAAAGCCCCCGAUGGUUGUGCCGCAAGGGUUGUGCCGAAGAGGCCGUGCAGGUACUCUGUGACUUUUACGACCGGUCCUCCGAUGACCCCAAGGUUGUCAAUGAAGCCGAGGGCAUUUUCAGAGCUAUCGAGCUGGAUAACAUCCGAGGAGAGUACCAAUGGUCCCAGUUGUUCAAGAAGGAUGAGCUUCAAACUGGUCGACGCGUGCUUCUCGCGUAUGGGUUGCAAUUCAUGAACCAAAUGGGAGGGAUUAACAUCAUUGUCUCGUAUGUUACAACAGUCUUGGAGGUCAAUGUAGGCCUCGACAAGAAAACCAGCCUGCUCCUUGGUGGAGUGAUCCAGAUCAUGUUUGUCAUCGGAUCGUUUUACCCGACCUUCUACUCCGAUCGACUGGGCCGCAAGAAGCCAAUGAUGUGGGGAUCCUUCGGGCUGUUCAUUUGCAUGUUGAUGAUCUCCAUUCUUCUUUCAUUUAAAGGAACGCCUCAGCAAUCAGUGGCCGGAUGUGCCUCUGUGGCGUUUUUCUUCCUUUUUAUGCUCAUCUUCGGAGCUUCAAUCAACUGCAUUCCAUGGGUUUAUGGACCGGAGCUUCUGCCCAUGCAUGUGCGGUCAAAAGGCAAUGCAAUCGGAAUCUCCGCAAACUGGCUAUGGAAUUUCUUCGUGGCCAUGAUUGGCCCAACCAUGAUCCAUGAACUAGAAUGGAAGGGAUACCUGAUAUUCAUGUGUUUGAAUCUGAUAUUUAUUCCGAUCAUCUACUUUUAUUAUCCGGAAACAGCCAAUCUCAGCCUCGAGGAGAUCGAUUGCCUCUUUAUGGGGAAAGCUCACGACACUGACAAUGACAAGGAUCACGACCAGCACCAGGAGUCUCCGACGGAUACGGAUGUGAAGAGUGCAAAAUGGGAGGAAGUUGGUUUUCCUAUUUAAUUAUACUACACACUCACUACACUACAUUUUUAUGUAGUUUACUGUGAGAGACUGUAGUGGUGGUGUAUGAGAUGGUUGGAAACUCAGACAAGAGAGAGAGAGAAAGAGAGAGAGAGAGAGAGAGAGAGUUGGAUUGCACAAGCUACAGAUGCAAGAUUAGCAAUAUCGUUGAAGAGGAAGAGGAGCAAGAGGAAGAGAAAGGUAGUAGGGCAAUCCCAUAGUUAGAUAGAUACUCUUAAUGUUUACUGUUUAC